AAACAUAAAAUUUUGUUAACGUGGCCUCUGAGUUGUCGAUUAGUGGUAAAAACGGAAAGAUGACAAAACUUCAAGAGUGGGUCUUUGCACUAACUUUGUAUGCUAUCCUUUAUUUCUUGGCAUUGAAGAAUGCACUACCGUUUGAUGUGUCAGAAACGACAAAAUUUGCUAUUCAGCUUUCACCGAUCAUUCUGAUUGGAUUAUUUGGGGUUUAUUCAGUCUUAGUCAUAGCCUACAGAGUGGCUACUUUCAAUGACUGUAAUGAUGCAGCUGAAGAACUCAAGCAGCAAAUCAAAGAGGCAAGAAAAGAUUUGACUGCCAAAGGAUUCAAAUUUGAUUAAAGAAAGAUAAAUUAUUGAAAGAUCAAAACGGUGACAUCAAAUGAGGGCAUAUCUUACGACCGAUGAAUCUAAGGAGAUGUUUUACUAUGGUUGAUCACUCAGGAAUCAGAGAGAAGUAUCAGAAACAAUUUGAUAAAAAACUCAUUAGAAAUUGACAAACAAUUGAGUCUUUUAUAUCAUUAGAGCGUAGUUAGUGUAAAAUGUGAAAUAAAUGAGACAGGAGAUAUUAAACCCACUUUAUUUUAGAA